AUGCGUCAAUGCGAUGCCGCGGAUGGCGUAACCGACACCAUUAUCUCUGAUCCUAAUGCUUGCGACUUCAACCCCGACUUCCUCCUCUGCACGCCCAACAAGACAACAUCCUGCCUCACUCCUCCUCAACUCAAUACUCUCCACCAAAUCUACAGCGACUACGUCGAUACCAACCAGACAUUCGUAUUCCCUCAUUUGUGGAUGGGCAGUGAAGCUCAAUGGGUUCCUCUUCUUGGCGGCCUCACCAAUCAGCCAAACGCCCUCGGUCCCGAUUAUGUCAAGUACUUCUUGGGCCGCGGACCCCAAUGGCAAUGGCAGGACUUCGACUACGGAGUCAUCCAACAAGCCGAUGCCGAAGACCCUGGCAAUGCAACCGCCGAUGUUUUCGACUUGUCUCCAUUCCUUUCUCGCGGCGGCAAACUUCUCCAUUACCACGGUAUGAGUGACGGUUUGAUCCCAACAGGUAGCUCCGUCUAUCUGCACUCCCAGAUCCUGCGAACAAUGGCACCUGAGGGCGUAGAUCUCGACUCGUUCUACCGAUUCUUCCUCGUUCCUGGUAUGCAGCACUGUGCCGGUACAGCAAACACUGUAAAUGCUCCUUGGUACUUUGCUGGUGCCAAUCAAGCAGCGGCACUCUCGUCUGCCGUGUCGGGAGUUCCUGGGUUCAGAGAUGCUAAGCAUGACGUGCUGCUUGCCAUGAUGGAGUGGGUGGAGAAGGGCGUCGCACCAACAGAGAUCAUUGCUACCAAAUGGGUGAACGAUACCACUCAAGAUAAGGUCAUGAGACAGAGACCACUAUGCAUGUGGCCGAAGAAGCAAAAGUGGAGCGGAAAGGGAGACGUCAAUGCAGCGGAGACUUGGUCUUGCGAGUAG